GAGUGAGAGCUUUGCGGGGGGUGGAGUUGGUGCUGCCGGUGCUGGAGUUAGUAAUGGGAAGAUGGAGCCGUCGAAUGGAUAUGGACACCAUGGGAAUGGAUAUCAUAACGGUGUUGGUGGAGUGAAUGGAUAUCAUAAUGGUGUUGGUGGAGUGAAUGGAUAUCAUAAUGGUGCUGGAGGUGUCAGUGGAGUGAAUGGCGAGUAUGCGAACCCGACGGUGCCUCGGCGGGCGGUUGGGGGCACGACGCAUGCUCAUGGAGACCAGAUGGUGUAG